AUGGAUGGAACGGAGAAUGCGGCACAUGAUUUCCAUAAUCAAUUGCAAGCUGAUUUCUCGGGAGCAAUUAAGGGCAUUAAGGCCGUGGAUCAAGUUAGUUUGAUUUCAAAUUCAAAAUGUACAACUAGCAGUAUUGAGUCAGUGGAUGGGGAUCAGAUUAGAGAAAGGUUGGACAAAGCUGUGGCGUCGCUAGCAUGGGGUGCACGGUUUAAGGAAGCUCGAGUUUAUCACCUCUCAAACUCGGCGUCAGAUCACUCUCCUCUUUCGUUGCACUUCUUCUUGAAACAAAAGAAACGGUUUCAACGAAAGAUUUUCAAAUUCAAAUCUAUGUGGCUGAAGGAUCCAAAGUGUGAAGACAUAGUAAAGAACGCUUGGGAGGAAGGAAGCGUGUUUGUCGGUAGAUUUCCGAUAUCGAGGUGUAUGGAGUUAUGUCGGAAUCGGUUAGAAGUGUGGAAUAAGAGGGAGUUCGGGCAUGUUGGAAUGAAGAUUAAUGAACUUCAAAAGAGACUGGAAUGGCUCGAGCUCCAAGCGGCUUCUCCAGCUACCAUUAGUGCAAUAAGGGAGACACGUGUAGAUUUGAAUUGUUGGCUGGACAGAGAGACGGCCAUGUGGUUUCAGAGGUCCUGUGGGAAUUGGUUUCAGGCAGGAGACCAAAAUACUUAG